CUCCCUUGAACAGACGUCUCUUUGCAGGGAUGGGGAAAGACAUCGGCAACGGCGAACUGCAAACAUUGGAGGAGAGGACUGGAAUCCAUGAAUGCAGUACAAAAACAAAGGCUUCUCCAGCAUUCGAAGAGGUCCUGGAUGCCAUUGGGUCCAGGGGGAAGUUCCAGACGAGGCUGAACAUCGUCUUCGUUUGCUUUGCCUCAUGCUUCGACCUGAUGAGCGUCAACAUGUUCUACCUGGCUAUGCAGACUCCUGAUCACUGGUGCUACGUCCCUGGCAGGGAACUUUCCAACCUUUCAGUUGAGGAGUGGAAGAACCUCACCAUACCGAGGGAAGGAGCCUCGUUCAGCAAGUGCCUGAUGUACAACCGGAGUGAUGUGACUGACUUUGACGGCAGCAGGGAACCUGUGAAGUGCCAGCACGGCUGGGAGUAUGACGACACGUGGUUCUCCCUGACGGUGACGUCACAGAUGAAUUGGGUCUGCGACAACCGGCAGGCCGUCAAUGACGUCUUGUUCUACUCUCAGAUUAUUGGAGUGGCCCUGGGGUUACUGUUUGGCUACAUAGGCGACAUGUACGGCCGACGCCCCCAGCAGCUGCUGUGCCUGUCAGCCCACGUGGUCAGCAGAGUGCUGGUCGUCCUCGCUCCACACGUGCUGCCGCUCUUCAUCCUGGCAGCAUCCCUCGUGUCAGCCGCAACUGGGCCCAUGGUGGAAUCGGUCUUGUCUGUUGGCUUGGAGCUGACUGACAUCAAGCACCGCACUGCGAUCAACUGCUACGCAUCCUGCAGCAUGGCCGCUGGAGUGAUGCUUGCUGGUCUGGUGUCCUGGGCGCUGCCCAAUUGGAACUACUCCAUCUCGUUUGCCGCCCUCAGUUGUUUUGCGCUGUUCUUCUUCUUCAGGUCAGUGCACCUGCUGGCUAUCUACUCACUGGUGAUAGCCGUGAGCCGACUGAGUGUGAACCCUUUCCUGGGGAUAGUGGCGCAGGGGGCGGCCGAGCUGCCUGCCCACUUCAUGGUGAACUACUUUGCGGCGAGGUUCGGUCGCCGUUGGCCCAGUGUAGGGAGUGCACUGUUGGCUGCACUGGCCAGUCUCCUCAUCUUCUGCCUGCUGACUGAACACAUCGCGGGUGCAGCCAUCGUGAUGGCGACCAUGCUGAUGCAGUUCAGCGCCGUCGCCGGUAUGGGCAUGGCGAACCUGCAGAGCAUCGAGUUGCACCCCACCUGCCUCCGCCAGAUCGCAACGGGUGUCGAGUACGCCGUUGCUGGAAUUUCCAUGUCUUCCCUGCCCUACCUGGCGCUGAUGAAUGACAAGCGACUUCCCUUCGCCAUCCUCUGUGCCCUCGAGCUGAUGGUAGCGUUUUCUGUGUCGUUCCUACCAGAAUCUGCAAUGCAGCGAUUGCCAGAGACGUUAAGGGAUGGUGCCGUCUUUGGCAGAGGGCAACCUUACUGGAGCUGGAAACCAAAACCACCUCUUCAGUACGCCACAGGAUAAAGGAGUUCCAGAACUUCCUUACAGUGUAGUUCUACACUGGUCAUAGAGUAGCAGCUGACAUGUUAAUGCGACGACUUCUGUUUGCUGACGCCUUGCAUGACUUGCUCGGCCUGCUAUGAGUGGUUAACAGUGCAGGUCGAACUUUAUUUCAAAUCUGUAAACAGUAGCACGAAAACUAAGGCUGACCAGGAUUAGAUUAUAAAUUUACUCUCUGGUGCAACUAGCGACUCCUGAGAAUCAAUUUUUACAAGACACAGGCAAUAAUUACUGGACGAACUACUUGCAGGAUCCAUCUCCACGUCCAUCUCCAUGGUUUCUGUCUAACCACUUAUGACCGCCCUAUCCAAUAAACGCUAUACCAAACUAAACCAACAUAGAAACCGCACCCACUGGCUGUCCAAAGAAAUCAAAAUAUCACAAUAGACUAAAACUACACGCUGCACAACUAACAGCCUUAAUCUGAGGACUAAUCCUGUUAUUCCAACGUCACCUGGAUUUAUACCCCCUUACACCCACACCUUUAAUUUUAACACUCCCCCAAAAAUGAUACUACGCAACUUUCCUCGCUCUCUGUAUCCACCUACUACCUCCUCCCCCCCUCCCCCACCUGUUACACCUACAAGCGCUCCACAUCCAAUUCCAAAAAAUAUUUAAUCGCCUCUCACAACCUGGCCUCGAAAUCCCAUCCAGAGAUCUACCCAUCCUUCCAUCUUUAACAGAAGUCUCUUCUUGCUUCCAUGUGUGUGUGUUACAGUUCGCAACCCCAAACCACUUUUCUGGGUCCUCCUCCUCAACUCUUCACUCCACAUUCUUUCGAAAACGCAUUUAAGCAGGUGAAAUGUUAAACAGAAUUAUUAUUGAGAGUGGUGUAAUUAUAUAUGGAUAUAAACGCCACCUACUCUUUGCAUACAUUUAGUUAAAUGAAGACCGCCAUUUAAAGGGUUUUUUUAAAUUUUUUAAAUUAAAAAACAGCAAAUAUCAGUAUUUAAAUUACAACCUGAA